AUAAAUAAAACAUUAAUGUGCUAUGACCUCACACCUGUGUAUCAGCAGCUCAGAGAUUAGGGUUAUACAAAAAUGGGGAGUUUAGGAAGAGCAAUCUACCUCGUCGGAUCCUGGAUCCGUGUCGCUGGCCAAGCAGUUGACCGUGUUGGCUGCAGCCUCCAAGGCAGCCACCUCUUCCAAGAACAAGUAUCUAGGCACCGAACGUUGAUGAGUUUAUUUGAGAAAAACCCGGUGGUUGACAAAGACGCGUUUUUGGCUCCCGGUGCUUCUGUCAUUGGAGAUGUUCAAGUGGGGCGUGGCUCCUCAAUUUGGUAUGGAUGUGUUCUUAGAGGUGAUGUGAACAGCAUCAGAGUUGGAUCAGGAACAAACAUCCAAGACAAUGCUCUUGUCCAUGUAGCCAAAUCCAAUAUAAGCGGGAAUGAUUUGCCAACAACAAUAGGCAACAAUGUUACUAUAGGUCAUGGUGCUGUGCUACAUGGAUGUACUGUUGAGGAUGAGGCUUUUGUUGGCAUGGGUGCCACGUUGCUUGAUGGAGCUUAUGUUGAGAAAAAUGCCAUGGUUGCUGCCGGAGCCCUUGUCAGGCAAAACACACGCGUACCUUUUGGAGAGGUGUGGGGAGGCAGUCCAGCCAAGUUCAUGAGGAAGCUCACAGAAGAAGAAAUAGCCUUCAUUUCUCAAUCAGCAACCAACUACACCAACUUAGCCACGGUUCAUGCCGCUGAAAACAGCAAGGGAUUUGAAGAAAUCGAGUUGGAGAAAACGCUUCGCAAGAAGUUUGCACGAAAAGACGAAGAGUAUGAUUCAAUGAUUGGCGUGGUUCGUGAAACACCCGCGGAGCUUACCUUACCUGAUAAUAUCCUACCCGAUAAAGCACAAAAAGCCGCGACUUAAGUUGUUAGUUUUAACUCGUUUCGGUUGGUUCGAUUGAGGCUCAUGAAAAGUUUAUUUUGCUGCAAUAAUCCUUAAAUCAUGGAGGGUGAUAUGCUUCUUUGGCAUGUUUGUUGACUGUGGUCAGUGGUCAACAUCUUGUUUUGAUUUAUAAAGAUUCUAAGAGAGAUUGUUAAUGGAACAUAAAUCCAUGUAUUUGUGGAGUUCAUCAUAAGGUUUGUGUUUCUUUGAACAGUUUUGACUUUUGUAAGAUAUUACAAAUAGGAUUUUGACUUUUUUAAAGAAACGAUGCAAAAGGAAUCCUGGAUAACUUUAUGUUC